UCAGGGGUCCUACAUCUUCCUAGAGCAGAAAGAAAACUUCUCCUACAAGCUUUAACAUGUGCUCUGCUGGACACUGAUAGAAGACACAAGACUGCUCUCACUGCUGAUGAGAAAGGAUAUUUAGCAGUUUAUAUUUACUAAAAUAAUUAUCCUUCCAUGUUCUGUGUACUGAGGGAGACCAGAUAUAGUGAAUGCAGGGUCCUGGGUUUAGUAACACUUUAAAUAGGUUUAGAUUGUUCACUGGACAGAGAAGGAGCCUCUGCUCUACUCAGUUG